AUGACCUCGCGACUUGCCUCAUCCGCUACCGCCGCUCUGCGUCGCAGCCAGGACCCAAAGCUCGCGGAGAAGUUCAAUCUGGCCACUCUGAACGGCGGCAAAAGCCCCUUUGUCGUAUCGAGCAACCGGCUACUGAAGGUGAACAAGAAGCCGCAGCAGCGCAUCACGGAUAAGUUCUCGCUCGAGUAUUUACUGGGACCCAGCAAGCCUCAAACGGGCAAGAAGAAGAACCCUUUCCACGUCGCCAGUUCCAAGCUCAUGUGA